AAGCUUCCACAAAAUCAAACUCAUGAUCAAGCUAGACUUUGCGAGACGCUACCGAAGGGUGUUGGUGCUCUUGUUGCUCUUGGCGGUCAUUAACUUGGUCUACGUCACCACAAAUUCUUUUGAAUUGAAUCGUCUGUCUCUCGAUUUGGUCAAGGCAGCAACUGGUCAGUUUAAGUCAAAUAGGAUUUACCAUAUAGAUGAGUUGUCCAAACUAGCUAUAAUACAGGAAUCAACUCUUGUCAACCCACAGAAAUCGGACUUGAGAUCCUUUCAACUUAAUACUCCUCGUCCUAUAACCAAUCCUAAUGACCUUCAAUCGCAAGGGUUCAAUGUGAUAUCGAUUAAGGAAUACGAUUAUGCCAAUGCCACUGACACGCUAGCUAAAGGCAUCAUAGAAAUGGCAAAGGAUGGUUCUUUGAUCAAACUUGAAUACGAUGACGAGUUCAAGUCCGCUUUCCAACGUUUUUUUGAGGACUUAUUCGAGAUGCUCGACCAGUGUAAGCCUGGAAUUCCAUCUAUUAAUAAUGAUGACCAUUAUCGUAUAGCUAGGGACACGGACAAGUAUCCCAAUAGAGAUGGUCGUAUACCUCUUUAUGGCGGCCAUUUGCGUGAAAAUUACUUGGAAGA